CACUUCUUUCUCGGAGCAGCAAGUUUCUCCACUCAAUAUCAGAAGAGCCUAGAAAAAUAUGAUGAAGCAGCUUUUCUCCUCCACUCUUCUUGGGAUGAUCUUCCUCCUUCUCUGCGCCUCAUCAAUUUCUGGUCAGUCUUUGGCACCGGCUCAAGCACCUUCAGGUUCUACCACAACUUCUGGUCAGUCUUCACCACCAGCUCAAGCACCUUCAGGUUCUUCAUCUCCUUCAGGUCCCGCUGACGUCAUUGCAGUUCUCACAAAGGCCGGUAAGUUUACUACCUUCAUUGGGCUACUAAAGAGCAGCCAGGUGGAUUCCCUGAUCAAUACCCAACUCAAGAAACCAGGCAAUGGCUUCACCGUUUUUGCACCAACCGAUAGUGCCUUUUCAAACCUGAAAACAGGUACUCUCAACUCAUUCACAGAUGAGCAGAAGGCCGCACUGACAAAAUUCCACAUAAUACCUUCUUUCCUUACCAUCGCACAGUUCCAAACUGUGAGCAACCCAGUGCACACAUCGGCAAGUGGUGAUAGUGUGGAGUUUCCACUGAAUGUGAUAGGCAAUGGAACUCAGGUGAACAUGACAACAGGACUUGUGAAUACAACAGUGGACAGCACAGCAUACAGUGAUGGUCAGCUUGCUGUGUAUGAGAUCCCCCAGGUUCUCCUUUCACAAGGUAUCCUAAGGCCUCAAGCGCCAGCACCAGCUCCUCUACCUCCAAAGCCUAAGAAGGCUACUCCUCUUAGUUCACAGGCUCCUUCAACGCCCACCACCGUUUCCGUUCAUUCUUCUGGUGCGACGGGUCUCCCCCGCUACGCGCCAACCGUGGUAUCCAUUGGAGUGGCUGUUCUUGCGGCAAUGUCCUUAUCCCUAUGAACUGAGUGGCAGAUUGAUGGAUGGUGAUGUGUUGAUCUUGCGUGCAUGAGUGUAAU